UUUCUGUCUAUUCAUUUACUUGCUUUUGCGUAUUUUUCUCUUGUGAAAUAUUUAUUAAAUACACGAACAUGGCCGCACGCGGCGAUUUAAUUGCACAAUUUAUCGAAAUAACAAGCUCUGAUGAAAACGUUGCGCGCUUCUACCUUACCAGCUGCGAUUGGGACCUAGAGCAUGCUCUUGGCAACUACUGGAGCACCCAGAGUGAUGCUCCGCCCACGCCUACACAUGGUGGACAAUCCAGCAAUCCGUCUACGUCACAAAGCAAUAGCGCUGGCGCUGAUGCGGAGGCAUCGCGAUUUGGUCCCACAGCCAAACCAAAGUUUGCUACAUUGAGUGACAUGUCAAAACAGCCUUCAAGCGAUGAUGAGCAUCAGGCGUUCUACGCCGGUGGCUCUGAUCGUUCUGGACAGCAGGUUUUAGGUCCACCGAAGCGCAAAAAUUUCCGCGAGCAGCUUACUGAUAUGAUGCGGGCUGCGCAGGAACAAAAUAUUGCCGAAGUAGGGAUGGGCCCGUCGACAUCGGCUAGCGUUCCAACAAACGCGGGAGGCGGCGUUUGGGGCCAGGGUAUGCGUCUUGGUAUGACUGACAACGAUCACACUGCAGUGGGGACUGAACGGAAUACGGCAUCAGCUGAAAAUAAGCCAGCAGUGGUUCUUAAACUUUGGAGUCAAGGUUUUUCAAUUGACGGGGGUCAAAACAGCGGCGAAUUGCGUCAUUACGACGACCCACAAAACAAGGAAUUCCUAGAAACGGUUAUGCGAGGGGAAAUACCCCAAGAGCUACUGGAGAUGGGGCGCAUGGUUAAUGUCGACGUAGAAGAUCAUAGACAGGAGGAUUUUAAACGUCAGUCUGUGCCUCCAACGUUCAAAGGUUCGGGACAAAAACUCGGAAGCCCCGGUGUUUUAGUUUCUGAAGAGCCAGCUGAAGCAGUUGCUCCUGUUGACGUUGCUAAAGAUGAGGAUAGCGCUCGCAAUGCCAUUAACUUAAAUUCUGAUGCUCCGUCGACUACCCUACAAAUUCGCCUUGCUGACGGAUCUCGAUUGGCCGCUCAAUUCAAUUUGACACACACAGUCUCUGAUAUACGCCGCUUCAUACAAACAGCUCGGCCACAAUAUUCGAAUAGCAAUUUCAUCUUGGUUUCUUCGUUUCCCACACGCGAACUAAGCGAUGACAGCUCUACUAUUGAGAAGGCAGGUCUCAAGAAUGCCGCUCUUAUGCAACGUUUAAAGUAAGCAAUCUGCUUUUAAAUCAGGAUAAUUGAAGCUAACAGGAUUCCAAUAAAACAAUUAAAAAUUUCAUAUUUAAUUAA